GCAUCACUUCCGCAAUACAAUUUCCUCGCAGACAUGGCGGCGACCUUGUGUGGAAAAUUAUUAUCUCCAAAAGGAUGGCUCCCCCGGACUCAGAGCAUUCGCCACGGCUCCAAAGCUGUCACCCGCCACAGGAAACCGAUGCACUUCCUUAAACAGAAGCUGCUGGCUGUGACACAGUACAUUCCCCCGAAACCGGCUGCUCCCCCGGGCGCGUAUCCACGAGAAACACCCGUGGUCCAGGAGCAGGAGAGUCCCUUGAUGAGACUGCUGACGCGAGACCUGGAGGGGGUCUUCCGCGACUGCAAGAUGGUCGCCGUGGCGCAGAACAGCGGCUCCACCUCUCAUGACAUGAUAAUGCUCAAAAACAGGUUCCACAAGCAUGACAUUCACGUCAGGCUCUUCCCCAACCAGGUGAUGCGUUCCUUCCUUAGCAAGAGCAUCUACAGCAACAUGGCCCCUCUGUUCAUUGGGCCCACCGUGCUGUUUGUCAGCAAAGAGCCCAAGGUGAAGGAAAUGCUCUCCACGCUGAGGCUCAGCCCACAGAUGAGUCUUCUAGGAGCCUGCAUAGACAACACGCUGUUGAGUGCGCAAGGCGUGGCGAGCUACGCCAAGCUGUCGUCAGUCGCCGUGGUCCAGGGCGAGCUGGUGAGCGGCCUGAGCGCGCUGGCUUCGCAAACGGGCACCUUGCUUCAGCGACACCCUACCCACCUGACGGCGCUGCUGCAGCAGUACGCGGCGCAGCAGGCUCAAGCGGAGAAAGCCACGUGAAACGAGGACCAUCCUGGGACGUUCAGGACGCUUGCGCAGGCGAUCGAGGAACGGGCAUUCAGAAGGUCUUAAUUAUCUUUAUUUACAUUAAAGGUGUUUUGCGACUGUU